AUGCCUUCACCAAGUUCACUGUUUGAAACCCUUUCCUUGACCGACUCUGUGAAAACAGACGUGUUUGUCUGCGGCGGCGGUCCUGUCGGCUUGAUCACAGCGUACAUGCUAGCUAGACAUGGAAUCUCUACAUACCUAGUGGAGAAAGAUGACAAGGAGGAACAACCAUCGUAUGGCCGGGCAUGCACGCUAUACCCUAGAACUCUCGAAAUGAUGGAACACCUAGAACUACUCGACACGAUGAACCAGGCUGGCUACAUCGCGCGCAAUAGCGUUACUUUCAAGGACGGAAAGCGGGUGACUGCUCGCGGAUGGCACAAAAUCUUUGACCGUAUGCGUGGCGGUACAUACCUUGACUACUGUCUCAAUAUCCGUCAAAAGCGCUUGGAGGACAUCUUUCGAAAGGCGUAUCGAAAACUGGGAGGAAUCCCGCUUGGUGGAUGGAAACUUGUAUCGUUUCAAGUCGACCAUGAGAGCGCGGAUGAUCACAAGGUUGUUGUGCAGAUUCGUAAUGUCAAGACUGACGAAGAGUUGACGGUUCGGGCGAAAUAUUUGGUCGGAGCCGAUGGUGGCAAGUCUCUGGUACGAGAAUUGGCUAAGAUACCCUUCAACGGCACAAGUACCCAGUCUAGAUGGGUGCGAGUUGAUGGCGAUUUUGAGACAAAUAUGCCCGACUCGGAUAUUGGAUUUGCAUCUAUCGAAUCAAAGAGCCAUGGGAAUGUCGUUUGGAUCCAGCUUGAGAAAGGUGAAAAUCGCAUCGGGUUUGCCCUGACCGACGAGAUGUCAGCCAAGUAUGGGAAUUCCAUGACCGAAGAAGAUGCGAAAAAAGAAGCUAUUAAAGCUAUGGAGCCAUUUACACUGGACAUCAAGAAUGUCAGCUGGUGGACUGUAUAUUGUAUCCAACAGCGAGUCGCUGAGACCUUUAUUGCGGAUGAUCGUAUCUUGUUGGCUGGUGAUGCCUGUCAUACUCACUCCUCCGGCGCCGCACAAGGUAUGAACACCGGUGUUCAUGAUGCAUACAAUCUGUCAUGGAAGCUGGCUGGAACCAUCAAAGGUUGGUAUGGAAAGGAAGUACUACAGACCUACGACAGUGAGCGGCGCUCAACUGCCGAAUACUUGAUCGAACUCGACAAGACGCUGUCUACACUUAUAUCUGGUCGGAUCCCAGAAAGAUACCAAGCAACCCACAAGGAUGCCAAUGAGCUCUUCAGCAAGAUCGUUGAAGAAACGGCUCAGUUCAAUAUCGGUCUUGGAAUUCAAUACCAGGAGAAUAUCAUCAACAAGCCCCCUUCAGCCGGCAUGAUCUCUGCAGGUUCCAGGGCACCAGAUGCACUCGUCUACCCACCGGGUUCCCAUUUCCCCGUUAGACUCUUCACAUUGAGUAGAUAUAUAGGAAAAUGGACAAUCAUCCUGUUCGCGGGACAGUACGAGCUCACACGGGCGAAACUACCUGCUGCGGCGAAGGAAUUAGUCGAUCUAGCACUAACCCUUCCCCGAGGUAUAGUCAGACUCAUGACGAUUUUCGCAAACAGCAUGGCAGCUGUACCGUCCACUAUUCCAAAGGCUGGAUUCAUGUACUACGAUCAGGAUCGAUCGGCACAUUUGGCUUAUAGCAUUUCGCCAAAGAAUGGAGCUGUGGUGGUGCUUCGACCUGAUGGUUUGCUGGGGUAUGCGACAACUCUUGGUGAUGUUGGAAGUGUAUCUUCGUUUUUGAUGGAAUUAAUCAAAGCUCGGUGUCGCUGA